AUGUUUCGACAUAUUUUUUCUUCUUAUUCAAGAUUUACUUAUGGUUUUGGAGUUAAGAAAAAUGCCGGAAUUGGUUUAUUGACCGCGGCUGUUGUUGCUGUCUCCAAUCAAGGAAAUCAAAGUUGGUCAGAUUCUGAAUUAAAAAAGAAGCCUGGUUGGUAUCAAGAAAAUGUUCAUAGAUUGGAAAAUGUUGUUAAAAAACUUAGUCUUUAUUCAUUUGUUGAGGAUUCGGCAAUUAUUGAGGAUGCUGUUGACAUUUUACAAAGAGUUGAAAAUGUUAAUAAUUGUGAAAUCUCUUGGCGUUUAGGCCGAGCUUUUGUCGAAAAAGCGAAUUUACUUGCUUAUAAGGCAAUUGAAGAUCGAAAGGAAUUGUUAGAGAAAGCUAUUGUUCAUUUGAACAAAGCUCUUCAAUUGGAAAGUUCCAAAGGUGUAGCAGGUGUACAUAAGUGGUAUGCCAUUGCUCUUAUUCUCCUCAAACAAGUUGACAAGGACAAUAAACAUGUAAAGAAAGCCGGCAAAGAAAUUAUUAAUCAUCUCGAAACUGCGGUGAAAUUGGAUCCGAAGGAUGCUUUUUCAAAUCAUUUUUUGGGUGUUCAAUAUUUUUUUGCUGGAAACUAUCAGGCUUCGGUGAAGUAUUUGAAAACUGCCGAGGAUUUGAAGGUUUGUUAUUUUUACUAUAAAUUGUUAGUAACUUCUUUUCUCCACCUCGUUUUUAUCGAAAUUUUCCUCAAAUUUAUUUUUCUGUUAUUUCAACAAAUUUUACUAGUUUUAUCAACAAGUCGGGUAAGAAAAAAGGGCGGGAGAUCUCAUUCGUUUUACAAUUCGGCAUAACUGAAAAUUUAGAAAGUACACUAAUUUAAUAACCAUGUUAGGUGUAUUAACAAUAGAAUUAGUCCUCACAAGCAUUUUUACGUGUGCCAGAAAAAGCGGGUUUGGUUUAAGAACGAGUUUCAAAAUUUUGUUUGAAUUGUGUCGGGCUGGGAACAGAAAGGAUUCUAAAUGAAUAAAAUCUGACACUUCCUUAAUCCUAAAAGCAUCGAAGAAUUUGUUUGCUUUUAU